AUGGCAUCUUGCAUUGAUGUGGAGGUACGUUUUCAUCCCGGUGACGUUGGUUUGUAUUCCUAUGGUUCCUUUGUUUCGGACUACAUCUGGUCCGACAUCGCCCAUUUCCGAUGCAUUGCACCCUGUUCGCUCACUUGCAUGUCCUUUUUAUAAGCCUUGCGAAAAGUUUUGACUCGCGAGCUUUUACAAGUAGUCCUCAGCUGGCUGGCGUCAAUGACUACUUCAUAUCGGCACGAGCUCUAUUAGAACGAGCGUCGCGUGAUCAGCCUAUCGAUUCGGUGGUUUGAAUUUUCGGUGGUUCGGAUGAAACUGCGGACAGUAGCGCGACAAGCCUAAAACAUGGAAAAUGUCUCCACUGGCACGCUGACUGGCUAGUGUAUUUCGUAGGGCAGAUGAUUGUUGAAGGCUGUGUGCAGCAAAGAUUUCCUGCGGGACACCGCAAAGGGGUUGUUUGGAAGACAGUUGUUUAAAGGUGCGUAAAUGGUCAUACCUUUGAAUUGGUGAUUAUUUGUAACUCACAUGGCGUUUUCCGUGCUUCAACUUUUCAGCACCUCAUUAGAUGAAGCCCUCAGGGUUAGAUAAUAUUGGAUGUUUAUGACUAAUAAGCCAGACAUAGCCAUUUCAACCCGCCUUGUUUACGCCUCCUUGCAAUCUCCUUAACCUAUAACUUCGAUUGCGGUUUUGUAUAAAGGCACAGGAUGCUAUUUUUGGCUCUUCCCCGUUUGUAGACUCUGCAGCAAACCAAGACAAUUCUUUGCAUUUUGCCGCAUGACACUUGUCUGACAACUGAAGUAGUAUGCAAUAAACAGUGAAAAUAUUUUCGAUAUUCAAUGCUUAUAUUUAACAUAAUUUACUUAUAGAUUCACCCUGACAAGAAUUCAUAACGAUAAACAGAGACGAUGAUGUAAUUAGGAAGCAAAUCGAAAUGUUUUUUGAAAUUGAGCAAUUACUCAUCUGAGUGACUAAAACACUUCCAAGGCCACCUUGCCCAGAUAACUCGGAAAAUUUCCUCGUUAUUCCCCAGUGACGAACCUGUAUACAGGGGUAAUUUUCCAUUACUAUAUUUGUGGGCUAAAAUUGCCGGAUCAUUGUGUUAAAAACCAUAUGUAGAAGAAUUAAAAAGUAAAUGUUGUACUAGUGGAAUAGGUGCAGAACGAAAAUAACGGAUGCUCUUGUGGAAUGCAAUUAAAGCCAUUUCACGAUUUCCUACCAUCUUAGAAUGCCGCAUAAUGGAAUGCGUUUUGUGAAGUUUGGAAAAAUAAAAAGAAAGCGUAGUCGGUACCCACAUACUCCAGUUGGCGUUGUUCUGUGAAGCGGGUCUCGCUGGGUGCCUAGGCAGCCCCACUUACAAUCUGUCCAAACGGAUGUUCGGAGAGGACUCGAGGACCUCCAACAAUUCGGUCUCCAAAUUCCUAGCCGACAUUCGAGGAAAAACUGUGGGCCUUUGACGUGGUUUCACUAUUCACAUCCAUCCAACCGGACAUAUCACGCAAUGUUCUAAGCAAACGCCACGAUAAAAAAAAACUACGAAAAAGCGAACAGACAUCUAAAAAGUAACCAUUUACUGUUACUCUUUGCUUUCUGCCAUAAACGUUUUCUAACGUUAAUGGCAGAACAUACAAGCAGAUCAAAGGAGCAGAUAUAGGUUCGCUAUUAUCCGGCCUGGUUGCGGAAAUAGUUUUAGGGCAGUUGAAAAAGUUACCUUCGAACACUAUGAGCCUGUGUUUCGGCGUCGAUAUGAAGAGGACACGUUCGUUAGAAUUGAAAAAAAACAGACUAAAAGGCUUUCAAUAAAAGCUUAACGGCAUCUUCCAGAACAUUUAUUUCGCAAGGGUAGAAGAGCAUGCUGAACAGUUUCCCUUAAUUUAAGUCCUCGUCACACGCGCAUCCAAUAACGAACUCAGCACCCCAGUGUGUGGAAAGGAGACUAAGACGACACAGACCCUCAAUUUGCAUAGUCAUCACCCAAUGACGCAUAAACGCGGCAGCGUUAGGGCACUCUCAAGGGGUAAAAACGCAUUGUAGUGAACCGAAGAAACGAGCACGUGAAAAUCGACAUCUUCGAGAACGACUGUCAAAGAAAUUGAUACCCAGAGAGAUUAGUCAGUCGUUGAUUCCGAACGCGUCCACGGAGAACAUACAGACAAAAACCGUCAACACUCUGGCACUCUCUGACAUUUAUAAAGAAUGUAUCCGAAGGAACGGAACGUAUCGUGGGAGAGCUCCACGGUGGUUUCGUUCACUGUCGGACAGAGCCCAUGGGCAACAAAAUUAGGUAAAUAAAGGACCGAGUAGACGUCAGAGAACAAUCGGGUGUCGUUAACCAAAUCCCAUGCUGAGGCUACCCUCGCCAUUACACAGGACAGAUUGGCUGACGGCUUAGCUCGCGAAUAACGGAUCAUAAACGGGCAGUCCAGGGAGGCGACCCGCUGUCCUAGGUCGCUACUCACAGUCUGGAGGUAGGCCAUGAAUUUAACUUUGUGAGCACGCGGAUAAUGGCGCAGGCGAGCAGUCAGACAGAGCAGGGACUGCUGGAAGCCCGUGUGCUUGACACCAACCCCAUCAGCAUACACGCUAUCACGCGCUCCGUUUCCACAGCAUAGUAGCGAGACCCCAAUUGCUAGUCAUGCCUCCAUGAGACGGCGUGGACUCAGCCUCAUCGUGAACACCACUCCCCGCAAUCUUAUCCCAGCCCAUUUUUUUUGACUACAAAAAAUGCUCAUUUUGCCUCGCAUUGUCACCGUCUCUGACGAUGGCCUCCUGUACGAGACCGAAAGCUCAGACUAAUACACAUACUGUCCCAGUGAUUGCCCAUUUUUAUAUUGUAAAACAGCUAUGGAGAAGCCUCCAAAUGCUUAACGAAGGCUUCCUCAAUCCGAAACAUCCUCCAGUGCGGAAAGCAAAAGGAUAGCAAUGGAAAUGCCCAACGUGUUAGCCUGUUUUCAGGACAAAAGGAUACCGCCAGCACUUCAAGCCUGCUCAUGCCGCAAACCAAUAAGCUGCAUAAGAGUAAUACAUGCGCUAAUGGUAUUGAUAUUCAGUGCACUAGAUGUCACCGACGGACGUCAGUUAGAACUUGGUCGGUGUUUAAAGGCAGCAGCCUCAGCUUCCUGUCCUAAACUUGACAAUUUUCGAAGACAUUUCCGCAUUUAUUGUAUUUGAAAACAAUCACUGUAAAAUGUGACGUGCUGCUUCCCGUUUAUUUGUAGGCCGACUUUAUGGGCUCAAUGUAGUUAUAAGGUAAACACCAAUAUAGUACAAGACACAUAACGAACGAGGGUGGCAAAUUGUGCAUUGGCGGUUUUUGGUGCAUUCUUUACAUUCAGUCAGCCACGUGUGAGUGCUGGUCCUCAAAAGCUGUUAUUUAAACCCGACAUCCUUGGAUAUUCGUGAAUGUUUGAUUUAAAGUUGAAUGAUCCUCAUAUCGCAAGCACCUUUGAUCUUCGUGCGUUCUUAUGUGGUCAAUAUCUAAUUAAAUUUUACUUCGGAAUUAGUGUUUGUCGGUCUGUAAAUAGUGUUCGUCACUUGCCUGUACAGUGAUAUGACGGGCCUGCGAGUUACUCAGACCGAAUUCUCAAGUGAUCUUUGUUUUUUCAACCUUCUUUUUAUGCGAUUAGUCCAACGUGUUUAAAAGUUCUCUAGUGAAAAUUCCACUUAAACUUCGCAUUAGUCGUCAAUAUAGGCAUUCAAAUUGUGCUUGAAAUUACUCCUCACUUCAUAAUAGCGAAAUACGUUAUUGUUGAAAAUAAGUUAGCAUUAAAUAUAUCAGAUGUGUAGCAAUUACCUGAUGCAAAUAAAUCGAAAUAUGAAACUCAAAACGCUUCAUUAUCGGCAAGUGGCCCGAAAAAUGCCAAAUGCGUAUUACCGAGAGUCACCUGUCUUCCAGAAUUUGUAAUUUGCAUAUUAAUACUUUCCUUUUGUUAGACGCUAUUCGAGCAAACUCGAGAAAUCGACUUGAAUAUAUUCUAAAGUAGCUUGACUAGUGAUUAUAAAUGCCACUUUCACGCUCACUAUAUGCAUUAGCCACGAACAUGCUAAAAACAAGAACUGUUGUAAAUUAAAUUCACUCGAAUACGUCGAAUUUCGAUGUUUUUUUCAGGCGCGCGAUCUUUUCUACAUGAAGCCGCCCCCUUACAGCAAUUUUCAGUGCCUCCCUAUUUUAAUGUUCCUUGAAAUGACUUUCCUUAUUUAACCAAUUUUUUACCGUUUUUAUACGACGUAUUCUUUCCUCUGUGUGUUUUUAUCGUAGAAGCAUUAAUCUAGAAAAGGAAAGUUUUCGGAAAUGGCAAUUGAGAGCUCAACGGUUAAGCAUACUGUUCACGUAUAUCUGUACAAAAUAAAUUUCAUUGAAUCAUGCUUCGACUUAAUAAAGAUAUGUUUGAUCAUUCAUGACAUUUUGUGCAUUUCGCUAGAUGCCGGGCAGAUGGCCACGAUUAUGCAGCAUUUAGAACUAGUAUUUGGAGUAUUUGGCUGAGAGAGGUAAUGUCAUUGAGAUGAACGUCAGGUUUGAAAAACAAUGACUGAUUGUAUUUAGUAUGUUGGCAACUCCGGUUUUGAAAGUGUCUAUAUAACUCUUGUUUGCAGAAAGUGAGAAGUUUAAAGUUGUGAGGCCGAAAUUCUUUCCAAGUAACCUGAAGUAAACCAACUUGUGAUUAUUUAUGCAUAUAACAUCUGGUUAGCCGUUUCCGAUAAUUUCCAUCUUAUGACCCGCGACGGAGUGGGUGAGAACAAAGACGCUGGUUUUCGUCUGGGUUAUUUUGUAAUGGUAGACUUGUCCAGGAGCUAUCACAUUUUAAUCUCUUUUCCUGCCUAAACCCGCUACCAAAACGAUGCCAAAAAGACCGGAUAUGCACGCAGAACACAGUAGGCCUUUAUUAUGGGUUGCUCAGCAAGUCAUCAAUAGUUUUAUUAAGCUGAAACCUGCAACGCCGAAACAUGUUUCGCGUGAAAUCCUCUGGUGCUAUUAAUCCACCCUGCGAAUGUUUCCAAUGCAUGCAUAAUUGGUGGACACUCGGUUUAUUAAUGCAUGCAUUUGUCGAGAUGACCGUUCUGAGGCCGGUGAGUGAAAGGAGUUCCAGACUGACGUUGUUUUGGCUUUCAUACGCAUCCUCAGACAUCAGAUAUCCAGUUGCAUCAAGAAACGGCUGCUCAAAUGACAUGUGCUCGUUUAGACUUCUCCUACAUUUACGGCGCUGUGUGCACACAAACCGCUAAAACGCAUCAAAUGAGCACAUUAAUUAUCUCAAAGACAACACUGUAGAGGAAAUCGCUUGUUACGUUAUUAAGCAAACUUCAAUUAGUGUUUGGAAUACAAGCUCGUAGGUAAGUACCGGACAACUUACAUUUAAAGUCAGCUGUAUUUUUGCAGACGGAACUUGGAAGGAACAAUUGAAUAUUUUCAGGCCUCUUAUUGGGUGGUCUUCUAACGACCGGCAGCUCUGUACUUGGGGCUGCGUAUGCAGGAUAACUUUGAGAGAGACGAAUUGGACCCCCUCAUAUUUUCCAUUUACCGAUGUCAAGGAUGUGGUUACUGUACGGUCUUCCUCGUAGUGACCAGUGUACCCUUCCGCUGAUGGGGGCAAACAGGCAGUAUUUUUGUCUAAAAUAUGAGAACGAAAAUUUAAUACACGAUCGAAAUCCAGGGGAAAAUAAACGCUUUAGUUGCAGAAUAACCGAAGUAUGUUUUGUCCUUUGGAGGACAGGCAAGGCAUUGAGGUAGAAAGAACAGCAGAAUCAACAGCAUCGUGUUUGUCCUAGUUGUUUAUCGCGAUUUGCAAUUAUAAUAAUUGUAAUUCACAAAUCUCCAAUGGCGAACUCCAAGGCUGUUUGUUUGCAGAGACGGUUUGCCUUCAUGUCUGCAGUGAAUCAGAAAUGACCACUGGGCAGCCGUACAGACACAAUGCAAGCACCUUGUGCCACCCGAAAUGCCAUUUGCGGGUUUUGUACUGCAAUAUGAAAGGGGUUGAAUGAGCAAGCAAAAUGUUAAAUGGAUCUGCUGCAGAAUAAUCACUGUUAAACAAACAAAUAAAUCGCCUUCAAGCCGCAAAAAUACUGCAUGCAGACAGUAUCCAACUGCAAUUUCAUGUAUAUUUUAGAGCGUGUACAUAAGCAGGCAUUAAAAUGACUGGCUAAUAAGCCAGAAAUGGCCAUUCCAGUCUCCCUUGUCUUUGUCGGUAAUUUCAUUCUGCCUGUAUAUCAUGCGGCGCUGCGCGGCUGCCGGUUAGGUUCGAGAGAGAGCCCUUAAGGCACAACGGAACGAGUGAGUUCCGUAUGAACGAUCGGUAAACGCCCCCUAACAUUGUAUAUUCCCGAUCGAAAACUGACCGGGCAACGGGCUCGUGGCCCGGUGAGUAGAGGCGUUGACUUCUAAACCAACAGGUCGCUAGUUCGAGGCUCGGGUGUUCCACACUUCGGGCUUGAGUAUGGCUGGCUGACGACGGCUCAUAAGCCAGAAAUGGCCAUUCCAGACUCCCUUGCCUUUGUCGGUAAUAUCGUUCUGCCUAUAUAUCAUGCGCCGCUGUGCAGCUGCUGGUUGGGCUCGAGAGAGAGCCCUUAAGGCACAACGGAACGAGUGAGUUCCGUAUGAACGAUCGAUGAGCGCCCCUUAACAUUAAAAUAACUGUUCGCUAACCGAUAGUGAGGCCUAUGGGAGCAAAUAUAUGAAGUCCCGAAGUAGGCAAGAGGCAUAAGGCAAUAUCUUUAACGUAAGCAGCCAAUUCAUUGAUCAAGAUACUUUGAGGACUGCCGGUUGAUGCAUUUGGUGGAUUCGUUAGCUGUGCAAAAUUAGGGAUUUUGAGUUAUUUACUAGCAACUUUGAUCUUACUUUCAAUUUUUCCUAAUUAAAUGGCCGAGUGAAUUUCAACUUGCAGAAAUAUUUAAUUAUUCGUUCAUCAGUGAAAGACUCUUGCCGAUUUAUAUCAAUAUGGUUUUUUUAAAACGCACGAUGCAGGGCGAUGUCAUAGGAAUUAUGGAUUUUAUCAUGCCCAUCUUAUAAUGAGGCAACCUCAAACUAAUUGACAAUCAAACCUUUGGCAGUUUGCUUCUAGUAUGAAAUGUCGUUCGGUUCGCUUAUAAGUUAAAAAAAUCUACAUGUGGUCAUGCCGUUAGUUUAGCCCAGAUAAUCGCCUAAUUUGCUUUUACAAAAUAGGACAAAGGGAUUGCAGAAAAGAGUAGUUCGCUUGCGAAUCGCUUGCAUUAGAAACUGCAGUUACUUCAAACACAAAUUAUGCAGGCAAGAAUAUAGGUUGAUUGUGACGGUUACUAUUUUUACAGCAAAGCGUUUCUCGCUUCUGUGUCAUUAUCUAAAACAGCUUCAGCAAUUGCAAUUUACAUGACGAGUUUAGAUGUCCUUCGUGGAAAGAGCCGUUGUUUGCACCUGAUUUUGCAUUCCUGAGGGAAUUAUUUACGGGUUUCCGUUACAGAUGGCCCACUCACUCAAGGGAUUCGCUAACGAUUUUAAUGUUAGUUGCCAACCAGGGGCAAUUUCUCCCACCUAACCAAUGUUAGCAGACGUUUACGGAAUUACGGUCCAGUCGUGUAUUUAUUUGGCGGACACAGUCUGCACCCUCAUUCACUAUCCAUGCAUGAUCAGAUGUGCUGGCCGCUUCCUGCAGCAGACUUGGACUUUAUCUACUUUAUUUCACAUGGAUGAGGAUUUCGAAUACGCGACAUCGAAUAAUGCAAACCCUGAAUGUUCGUUCAAUUCGCUUUACUAAUAUUGGGAAAUGUAAGUUGGACCAAUUUACGUGUAUAGUGUACAUUUAAAUGCCCAUCUCGCCAGCUGACAAUGGGACGCCAUAUCUUGCAUUAUGUAUUACAGUGUAAUAGCAAAGUAGAGACAUAUUUAGGUACUUUCUGGCUAGCAGAGCCCUAAUCUGCUGUGUUAGUUUCUUAAAUCUUCGGUAGCCAAACGUACAAAUAAGAAGUUCAAGCGAUGUCAUCACCGUCACUGAAGUCCAUUACUUUGUCCGAUGCCGGCCCCUUCCUGAGCGCGAACAUGCUGCUUUAAAAUGCACCCUUAUCUGUCGCGGUCGUUAACGUCUUGCAAGCUCAUGUGGAGUGAGUGCGAAAUAUUCUGAAGAUACCAGCAGCUUGGCCAACGAUGUGGAAACGCGAAGUUAAUGAGGGGCAAUGAUAGAGAGAGAGUGGGAAUUGUUCGGCGGUCGUUGAUCACGAUGUACUGUUGUAGUAAGCAGCGUGUGCCAUGAGUAUGCAUUAAAUAAUUACUUCGGGUCUCUCAACUGGCAAGUUUCGAAAUUUAUUCUUCAAAAUAUAUCCUCUUACUACGUGCCCAGAAGGCAGUUGUGUCCCACAUUAAGUGUUGAAAUAAGUAAUUUGCACAGAGCUGCAGCUCGCAGGUCGUUACAUUCUGCUAUUAAUGUGAACAUGUAUACUUAUCCAAAGAUAGCAAGCUCGAGAAGGAAAUCUGGAAGCUGAAUGUAUGGGAAUUUUAAAGCCCACUGGAACAUGAGUUUAAAUCAAAGUCAACUGACAUCGUCAGAUAAUGUAUACGUGACCGUUUCCAGUUACCAGGCUCUGCAAGAGUGCACCCAAUGACCUCUAACAGGCGCCUAGACCCAAAAAAAACCUUGCCUAGUCGGCGUUUAAUGUUCAAAGGUCAAUACAGUUCUGUACGAUCAUCAUCACAAUCAUUAGACUAUUCGAAUAGGAUACUGAAAAUAUAGGUGUACGUGUGCACCAACGUUUUCGCAGCCGUUUCCAAAGAACAGCACGAAUAUAGUCCCUUAUUAACGCCAUGUCCGCAAUUCAUGUGAGAGUCAAAAACAAUCAAGGCUGGAUCAGGCGUUGUGUCUUACAAAUGCAAACGGAUCGUCAACGUGAGCCAUAUACGUCUCGUACUCUCACAAUGGAUUGAGUUUUCUGAUUUACAACGGUACCAAACUAUUGAACGGACGUCUUUGGUAUGGUACACAAAAAAACAAUUCUACAUAUAUGCAUAAUAACAGAUGAACACUAAAUGAUCACGUUACGAAACGUGCUUGUUCCUUUAAGCCUCGGGGCUCAUACUAGAACCCUCUUAGUUAUUCACACAGUGACUUGUACUAGAUGUAAAUGGCAAGGUAUCCACGAAGACAGGGAGGGACCUAGAUGGCCAUUUCUGGCUCAUUAUCCGUCAUCAGUCAGUCAUACCCAACCCUAAGUGCAGAUCACUUGAGUUUCAAACCCGAGAUAUUUGGUCGUAGAAUUUGAAACCGUGCCUGUGAGCUAUGGGUCCGUGUUCCGUCGGUUCUGAUCGGGGACAUCAAUCAUGACAGAUGGGCGCUAACCGAUCAGAUUACGGAUUUAAUUUCACGACAAUAAAUUCUCAGUUGCGCUGCAUCUUCCACUUCGUCACCUUCUUCAUGCACAUUGAAUCCCUGCAAGAUAAUGUCAACUUCACCGGAGGUGUAAUCAAAGAGCUGGCGGACCAAGAUUAACAGGCUAACUACGCAUGUGACACACAGUUAGGUCCUCACUGCAUGCACCCUAGGCGCGACAUGCGUCUAGAAUGACAAUAGGGUCAUUAAUGACGCAUAUCAGAGAGAGAGGGAAAAAUGCACUUAUUUUAAUACAGGUUCUACAAUUAAUCCGCAGGGGUUUUUCUGGCCUUUGGAAAGUGCUUUAUCACUUACCGCCAAAUGAUGGAAGGGAAAGGGAGGGUUGUGUACUUGUCCGCCGCAUAAUUUGGACUAGAUGUCUCUUAUAAUUGUGCUGCGAUGAAGGAUAGAAACAGUGCCAUCAAGAGUUGGGUUGCUGUUUUGAUGAUGAGUUCAAAUUGUGUUCUGACAGAGCCUACUGCGCUAAUGAUUAGCCUUGUUAAGACCGUUGACUCCGUCUGUCUAUUAUAUCCUAUCACUGGGUCAGUUCAGGCCAUAGCGUAGUCGGCAAAGUAAAAUUCUGCAUUCUCACGGAUGACAGUUAUGAUGUAAAUUAAAUCCAAAAAGUUGCGGGAACCCUGUUUGUCUGGGACAUUUUCUAAUACCUAUCAUAUAAUGAUGACACAACCGUCUAACCAAUUGCUCCGGAAUUUCUCAAUUAUCUGGGUACUCGGCUACUGGAUGAGAAUUUAACUCUGUGUGGUCAUUGGAGAUGAAUAUUAUAACCAAACGUCAACAUCUCGAUAAUAUGUGUACUCAAGAGUACAAUCGCCUUGCCAUAUGUUACGCACAUUUAACUGGCAGAAAAUGUAUUUUAUUAAACAUUCGCUUCUGCAUGAUGCAACAAGUGGUUGUUUUGCUAAAAAGAGAUUCAAUUCAAUCCUCAGUUUAUGUCAUAGCUUGAGAUAUCAGGAAGAUACUUUCGGCUUCUACUGAAAGAGCCAUGUAAGUAAUUCGUUUUAUAGGGCAUUGCACCUCAUCAAACACUGAAUUGGAAGGAACUGGACGCAUCCUUUUAAAAAUAUCUCAUCAUUGGUAAAGAAUCGGGCAUUGUAAACGGGAUUUUAAAAUAUCCUUUUGGCAGCAGGCUUGCUGAAGCAGAUUAUGGUGGAUUUCGUGGAAUUAGUAUCUACUUUAGAACGAUAUAUGCGCAAGCUUCUUGUUUUGUGACGCAUAUUUAGACAGAAUGCAUUUGGGGAAGCGUGAGCGUUGGUCUAAUGCGGGUUUGGUUUGAGUAAUACAAAUUCUGAUGAAAUCCUUUUAAGCAACGUCUUUCGAAGAAUACCUGCGCGUCUACAAAAGCAGCAUUAGAUAUACAUUUUAGCGCAUACCUACAAUGUGCGACUCCUUUGACUCAUGAAAUGUGUCGACAUUUACGAAUGAUUGCCAAUUCCUUUACCAACGGACACCAUUUCGUGAGUCAAAUGUCUAUAUUUAUUAAGUACAAGUUUAAAAGAAUUAAACACAUAAAGAAAAUAUUAUAGAUAUUGUUGCGUUGUUAUGAAAUGUCGAUUUAUGUUGAAAAGCCUAUAUCCCGAAAACGUCAGAAAUGGCUUUUACCAAGUAAAGUUCGUUUUCAGAUGUAUAGAAUGUAUUUUCAUAGCAAACUCGAAGGAAAUAUGAAAUUAUACAUAAAAUCACGUCUAAUAACAGCGCUUGGGUGAGGUUUACAUCCAAAUAUAGUUUAAUAAGUAGGGUGACAUCAAAUAUGACGGUUUGUCAACUGCCUAAUUCCUGCGUGCAGCUUCCAAAACAGUUUUCCAGUGUUUCAUAAUUUCAUUAACGAUUUGGGGUUAAAUGAGAUGGGGUUCAACAUGAGAAGCUGGAUUUUGCUUGAUUUCGGCGACAGGGACGCCGAAGGAUCAAAAGUUUGUAAAGAGUGACAUGCCAAGAGGCCGUUGGGUUCAAAAUAAAUUUAAAUAGAAGCAACAGGUGUGAUCGUCACCAUACCAUUUUGUUGAUAGAUGCGAACAGGCGAGUUUCAGGUAGCAGUCCAGAAGACGAAGAUGCGAUCACUGGAACAAGAAAUUUAUUGGCCUGACAUUUCUUCCAUACCAUUUUGUGUUUAUAAAAAGAAUUUUUCUCUCGUUAAAUACAUUUAUACUCAUAUUGCGUUUUCGAUUAUGAUAAAUUUUAGAUCGGCCUUGAAAUAUUGCUAAGUAUUUCAUAAUUUUAAGUCAUCUAACCCGAUCGCCAAAAAAGUCAGAUCCUGGAUUACCUGUCCGUUAAGAACUGAAAAAUAUAAUUGUUAUUAAAGGCAUAUACCGAAAAAGUGAGUGUUAGGCGCUUACUUUCGCAAAGAUGGCUGUCUAGGUCAAAUUUGAAGACUAAUUCAAGCAUCAAAAUUCAUUUUCGAGAAACAUUACUGUCCAUAACGAAGGCCACCAACGAAUAUAACUCGCAUCAAUAAGAAAGCCUCUCUUAAUAAGUUACCUAUUUUGGAAGUGCUUUAUGACUGCACUCCGUCGACGGAUCUCCGUGUACUUUACAUUUUUGCGCGGCGAGGCUAAGUAGAAAUUUGACACUUUUGACGGUUUCCUUCACGAACCUGGGAAAUACUACUAUUUUUCUGAGGUAAACACAACAACAUGCCUUUUUCUAUACUUUGAGGCCAUUUCCAUUGUUUUUGCUCGCUUUUGGACUCCUUUUUUUGAUAAGGAAUGCACGGCAGAGCGCCCAUGCAAAUACCGAUAUUUUUUGAUAAAACUAAAAAUUUUUGCGCGUUCUAUUUCUGUAAUACGUAUGCACAUCAACUAAAAUACUAGAAAAGUAGUGUGUCAUAUGUUCAAAACUGCAAAUGACCAUUCGGUGUUGGUCAUUUAUUUAAAAUCAGGUAGAAUUUUCCAAACGAAAAAUAAAUUUCAGCCCACGUAAAGGAAAGAACUUCCGUUUACGUUUUUAUUGUACGUUAGGGCACUAAUUCGCACAGAUCUGCUAAUUUGACCCAAAGGAAUUGAUAAGAUAUCUGGUUUUCUUAAAAUAACUAUUUGUAAGGAGACUGAUAACCAUUGUCAAAAUCGGACAAGAAAUAAAAUUUCUUAUCCGGCUAAAUCUGUAUAUAAAAACUCUCCCGGGAAAAUUAUUAUCCUUUCAUUGAAAAAGUCACUCGGAUGCGUAACUGGAGUCUACGACAUGUAUUGGCAUAGGGAAUUGUACGAAUAUAUUCCAACGUCCAUUUUCGCUAAAAUUCACUGAUACUUCACUUGAUAUUAUUACGCAAACACAAUUUUUGAACAAGAAAAGGACAUUUCGUUGACGGAUGUGGAUUGCGAACACAAUGCGCCCCGUCAAAUGCGUCCAAAAAUUCUCUAAUCAGUUUUUGUUAUCAGAUUUUAUGAGAUAGGUCAGGUACUGUAUGUUCAUUAUCGCUGCAUUCAUACAGCCAUCGAAAUACAUUGAAUGAGCUAUACUAUGGAAGCAAUAGAUUGUUAAUCUGCUGAGACCUGUUCACGCACUGUGUGUUUGCGGUCCGAAGUGAAUCUGAUAUGAGUAGCCCAAUUUGCAAAUUACUGCGCAGUUAAAAUCAAUUAACAUUUCAGAGGUGUAAAUAUGAUUCGUUCACACGUUCACAAGCUUUCCACAUACCGCAUAAUUCAACAAUAUGCACUGCUCAUUCAGCCAUUAUACCUGUUCGACAGUUACAAUUUUCGAGGUAAGAUUAUUGAUCUUAAUAUUGUCCACCUCAUAAUAUUGCGAAGAUUCGAGAAAUGUCGUAGAGCAUAUACUCAUCAGUAAAACAUGCGGUCUUAGUAAAUCAGACAGGUUAGUUCAAAAGGCACAUACAAAUGCACUGAUCUUGGCGAGGGCCCUAAGUGAAAAGUUGUCGUUUUCAUUUGCUGAGCAUUUGGGUCACUCAAACAAGGACCAAUCUUCACGCAGCACCACAUUCACUCGAAUGAUAUUAUCCUGACCGGAAAAGAAAACGAUAUCUCAAUCGAACACUAGCCGUGCUUCCUGACACUGGCUUGGAUUAAACAAAGACAUUCAAAAUCCCAUUCCAAAUUCCAUUUCCUGCCAAUUGGAAUGUUCUAGAUUUAAAUAAUUUAAUGCAGCUACAUGCGCCAGUUAUUCUGUUUGAAAUCCCAUAUUUCUCGACAAAUGGCAGUGGGCCAGACGUUCCAAUAAAGUUUUGCCCCAAAACUCUGACAUUUUACUUCAGAAAGUCAUUUUCCCAAGAUUUUGACUAACUUCUAUAUGUUUCACUGUGUUCAUUGCAGAAGAGCGCUAACGGGAACAUAUCUCAGCGUACAGACCGGAAAAAGUAAAUGCACUUUCACAGUUGGUUUUGUGCUCAAAAUUACGAAACAGCCAAUGAACCAUUUGUGGGCAAAAUCCGUCCUCCAGAAAGAGGCAAAAUGAAAAGAGUAAAAUUCGAACCCUCUUGGCAAAUUAGCGUCCUAAGUCAAAAUGUUAACUCUCCAUUGUUUUCGACUGAAGUCCCUAGUCUAUUUGGAGGUCAAAGAAAGUCAAUGACAGUGAUUUAACUUCAAAAGCAAUAUUUUGCAUUUCCCGGUUUAAAUCCCUUCUUAGGGUAUAAAAUUAUAACAGGACGCUAUUGUCUACCGAAUGUAUAGUCGAAUUUAUAUUGUUGCAUGUUUUCCGCAAAGUAUAAUUGGACAUUUCGUGUCGUAGAAAAUCAAUAAGAAAAACUCGUGCUAUUUUAGUAGUCAUUUUAUUAGCGUGUUGUUUUUGAUCAGCCGUAAGGAAGUUCAUACGAAAACCGACAUCCAGAUUUAACUGGAAUAUUGUAGAAUUAUGUCGCAUGAUGUCUAGCUUUACAGCCCUUCUAACGUAAUCUUUUUCAAACGUAAAUGAACGUCGCAAUUUCGGUUGCCAUGUCAUGAGUUAGAGCACCUACUUAUAUAUAUAUAUAUAUAUAUGCGUGUGUGUGUUAGGGUGCGCACACCGAUCGUUCAUAUGGAACUCACUCGUUCCGUCGUGUCUUAGGGGUUCUCUCUCUCUCGCGCCCAACCAGCAGCCGCACAGCGGCGCAUCAUAUAUAGGCAGAAUGGUAUUGCCGACAAAGAAAAGGGAGACUGGAAUGGCCAUUUCUGGCUUAUUAGCCGUCGGCAGCCGGCCAUACCCAAGCCCGAAGUGUGGAACACUCGAGUCUCGAACUCGACUCGAUCGAAAACCGACAGGGCAACGGGCUCGUGGCCCGGUGAGUAGAGGCGUUGGAUUCUAAACCAACAGAUCGCGAGUUCGAGACUCGGGUGUUCCACACUUCGGGCUUGGGUAUGGCUGGCUGACGGCGGCUAAUAAGCCAGGAAUGGCCAUUCCAGUCUCCCUUGUCUUUGUCGGUAAUACCACUCUGCCUUUAUAUGAUGCGCCGCUGUGCGGCUGCUGGUUGGGCUCGAGAGAGAGCCCCUAAGGCAAAACGUAACGAGUGAGUUCUGUAUGAACGAUCGGUGAGCGCCCCCUAACAUUGUAUAUUUCCGAUCGAAAACCGACAGGGCAACGGGCUCGUGGCCCGAUAAGUAGAGGCGUUGACUUCUAAACCAACAGAUUGCGAGUUCGAGACUCGGGUGUUCCACACUUCGGGCUUGGGUAUGGCUGGCUGUCGGCGGCUAAUAAGCCAGAAAUGGCCACUCCAGUCUCCCUUGUCUUUUUCGGUAAUACUAUUCUGCCCAUACAUAAAAUUAGAAAGGUGAAGUUCUUUGGGAAACAGCAAAAUUUUAUUGUGAAUUUUCGAGACUGGUUCCCCAGCUCGUCUUCAGACAACGGGUGUGAAAAAACAAUUGACGUUUAGACUGAGUCUAGCAAAAGAAGUCCAUGAUUGGUUAAGGUUGUCACCUCGGGAUUGGCUGACUCAAUAUAAAUCUGUACUUAACGAUUUUGUAUGUGGCGUCUAAAUCGAUAUGCCGGUUGAUGCAUGCCUCAUCUGAGUGCAUUGUCUCCGGGAAUUCGCGGCCUUUUCUUGUUUGGCAGGCGCCAACAAUGCGCGUGUUCUCCCAUGCGAAUUUAUGCCCAGUGUCUAGUGUGUGCAUGGCCACCUGGGAUAGAUGGCCGCGUCUCUUCACCGCUAAACGAUGCUCAUGUAAACGGGUUGAGACAGAUUUCCCAGGUUGGCCACAAUAAACGGCAUUACAACUAGAACACGGGAUUUUGUAAACGACACCUUUUCUUUCGAGGUAGCCAGCCCUGUCCUUAGGGUGUACAAGCCGUCUGCGUAAGGUAGUUGCCGGCCGGUGUGCUACGUGUAUCUGGUACGGUUUCAAAUGUCUUUCGAUAAGCUCAGAUACAUUUUUGACGGAUGAGAGAGUUCGCCAUGUGGUUUGUUUUGGUGCCUGAGUGGCCGUAGCAUUGGAAAUACCUUUUCCCUUGAGUUGCUGGUGCCUCAUGCAUUGACGUAUAAAGUCAUGCGGGUACCCAUUUUGGGAGAACAGUUUGUACAUGUAUUUCAUUUCUGCUCGAUAACUUGUUUCCUCAAAAACCGAUGGACCACUACAGACAUCAGUUUAUCGCAAAGAAGCGUAUUCAGAGGUCAUCUUUCACUUUGAGAGUAACAACACUGUCUCCCACAAACGGAGCACAGUCUACAGCCUUCUGAAUCGAGCCAAAACCCACUCCAUGGCCAACGAUCCCGGGUUCGAAUGUCAAGUGAUCCACACUUGGGCUUGGGUAUGACUGGCGGAUGACGGCUAAUAAGCCAGAAAUGGCCAUUCCGGUCUCCCUUGUCUUUGUCGGUACCACCUGAUAUAUAUGUAUUGCUGAAUGAAGCGAAAAUGCGCGUUCCGGGUAUAAAUGAGAAGACAAGGCGACCACAGGAACCAUGGAUGUAUUUGCCUGACGUUACGAAAGCAAACAAGCUUCCAUCAUCGGAGGUGGGUUGCGUACUGCACGUCACAGUAUUUGAAGGUUUUCCUUCGUGCUGGCGUGUCACGGACUUCCAGCGUGCUGCAUCGCAACACCUGACGAUUGCUGUCACGGUGGCAUCGGUCUAUUAUUUCCUAUCACUGGGUCAUUUCAUGCCAUGGUGUAGUCUGCAAAGUAAAAUUCUGCUGAAAAGAGACUCAAUUCAAUCCUAAGUUUAUGUCAUAGCACGAAAUAUCAGGGAAAUAUUUUCGGCUCCCGCUUAAAGGGCCAUGUGUUUUAUUUGUAUUAUCGGACAUUGCAUGGUAUCAAACGCUGAACUAGAAGGCUUUAGGUCCACCCUUUUAAAAAGAGCUUGUUAUUGGAAAAGAAUCGGGCUUUUCAAAUGUAGUUUAUUUAAAUAGCGUAUUGGGAGCAGGCUUGUUGAUGCAGAUGUUAGUGAAUUUUAAGGGAUAAGUAUCUAUUUUAGAACAAUAAAGACGCAAAUUUCCUCUUCAUGUGGUUUAAUUUACACAGAAUACAGUUAGAAAAGUGUGAACGGUGGUUUAAUUCGGUUUUAGUUUGAGUAAUUCAAGUAAUGGUGAUUUCGUUUAAAGAAACGUCUUUCGAAAAAAACCUAGGCGUCCACCAUAGCAGCAGUAGAUCCACAUUUUUGCGCAUACCAGCAUUCAUUUUUGUUGAACUCACAUAACCAUCGAAUUACAUAGAAUGAUAUAUACCAUGGAAACGGUUGCCUGUUAAUCUGUUGAUCACAUUAUACUGCAUAAACAAACAAUGAACACUGCUCAUUUAGCCAUCUUACCGGAUCGACAGUUACACUUUUCAAAGUCAAACUUUCGAGAAUAAUAUUAUCCACCUCACAAACUUGAGAAGAUUCAAACAAUGUCGUAAAGCAUUUACUCAACAGUGAAACACGCGGACUUCGUUAAUCAGGGAAGUUAGUUCAAAAGAAACAUGCCUAUGGAGGGCCCUAUGGAGUGAAAUUUUGGCGUUUUCAUUAACUGAGCAUUUUGUUUACUCUCACAAGGACCAAUAUCCACGCAGCACUACCUUUUCGAGAAAGCUUUUAUCCUGAUCGGAAAAUAAAUCGAUGUUUCACACAAACACCAGCCGAGCUUCCUGUCACUGGCUUUUAUUUAACAAAGACAUUCGUAAUCCCAUUCUAAAUUCAAUUUCCUCCCAAUUGGAAUAGUCCAGAUGUAAAUAUGUUCAUAAAGUUACACGCCUAAGUUUGUCUGUCUGCAAUCUCAUACACCCCGUCGAAUGGCAGUGAGAGGCACUUUUCGAUAAAACUUUGCCUCAAAACAUUGAGACUUUACCUCAAAAAAUAAUUUGCCAUGAUUUUGGCUUACUUCUAUAGUUUUCAGCGUGUUCGUUGUAAUAGAGCACUAACGGGGACACAUUUCAGCGCACAGACCGGAAAAUAGAAAUGCAUUUUUCUAGUGGGGUUUGUGCCCAAAAAUACAAACUGCAAACUAUAAAAAUGAUAACUGCAAAGUAAAAUUCUGCUGAAGACAGACUCAAUUUAGUUCUAAGUUUAUAUCAUCGCUUGAAAUAUCAGGGAAAUAUUUUCGGCUUCAACUGAAAGAGCAAUGUAUUUUAUCUGUAUUGUCGGAUAUUGCACUGCAUCAGAUACUGAUUUAAAAGGCACUAGGUCCAUCUUUAUAAAAAGAGCUCGUUUUUGCAAAAGAAUCGGCAUUCCAAUUGUAGUUUUCAAAGAGCCUAUUGGCAGCAGGUUUGCCGAUGCAGUUUAUAGUGGAUUUUAUGGGAUACGUAUAUAUUUUAGAACGGUAUCGGAGCAAUGUCCUUCUUCAUGUGAUGCAUUAUUACAAAACAUACAGUAAGAAAUGCGUGGACGUUGGUCUAAUUCGACUUUGGUUUGAGUAGUACAAAUACUGGUCGCUUUGUUUAAGGCAACUUCUUUCAAUGAAAGCACAAGCGCCACCAUAACAGCAUUAAAUCGACAUUUUUGCGCAUACUAGCAUUCAUUUUCGCUGAAUUCAUACUGGCAUCGAAAAACAUCGAAAGAUCUCUACCAUAGAAAAAGCCGUCUGUUAAGCUGUUAAGUCCUUUGCGCGCUCAGCGAGUUGGCGUUUCGAAACGUGUAACAUAUGACGGGUUAAAUUUGCAAAUGACCGCGCAGUUCAAAGCAAUUACAAUGCGUUCAUGAAUUGUUGCACAUACUGAAUAAGAGGAUACUGUAAACUGCUCACUCAGCCAUCCUCCUAGUUUGCCAAUUGCCGUCCUCAAAGUCAGAUCAUUGAUAUCUAACUUAUCCGCUCCAUUAAACUGAGAGGUAAGAGAGGCUGUCAUACAGCAUUUACUCAUAAAUGAAACUCGCAGUCUCAGUUAAUCGGCGAAGUCAGUUCAAAAGGCGCAUGCCAAUGCAUUGAUCUUGGUCAGGUCCCUCAGUGAAAAAUUGACGUUUUUAUAUACUGAGCAUUUUGUUUACUCACACAAGAAUCAAUAUUCACGCGGCACCGCCUUCAUGAGAAUGUCAUUAUCCUGACCGGAAAGGAGAACGAUAUUCCACUCGAACACUAGCCGUGUUUCGUGGCACAGGCUUUGAUGUGACAAAGACAUCUGAAUGAGCGUCAGUCAAGUUGCACUUGCAGUUCGCACCGACCUUAUACCUAACACUGAGAUCGGACAUUGUUUUCCCAUUCUAAAACGCAUGGAAUGCUUGCAUUUGAUGGCCCUUUUGAAGUUUGAUAGGCACGGAUUAGAAAGCGAUUAUUAUGAGGAGAAAUAACUGACAUCAGUAGGAAUACAGGCGUGCACGGAAACGCAGUUACGUUAGUGCUGUGUCCACGCAGAUUGGUUAAGCACGCCAUUUGAGACCCUGUUUUGCAUAUUACAUAUUUCUGCCUACUAAGGUUUACUUGAAUACCAUUACUCUACCACGACGACAACGAUUAUAUCCAAUUAGUCACUGUAUGCCAACAUGAAAAUCAUUCGUAGACUACGACUGUUAUGAUGAAAUCUCCUCAACCUCUUUGAAUUCGCUUAGGCUUACCAUAAGUUGCCAUCUAUACAGACAUCUUUGACGAACGAGGAGUUAUGCGGUUGAUUCGUCCAAAACAGUUGCAUAGAAGUUGAAAUUAUGCGUAGUUCUGUAAAUACUCAAAAGCUCAUUAAUUUGAGCACGUCAGUUUCGGCGCACACUGAAUAUGUUGGGAGUAGACGUUUUUCUUGACAAUAGUUUAUCACGUCAGGCAUUUCCUUGGCUUUGCUUAUUCUAACUUCGGCGAAAAUUCCCAUGGUACAAUUGGAAAGUCACUUUGGCAAACACAUGUUUCGGUAACUCGUCAUCUUUUCAAAACAGUUACACAGAAGUUGAACUUAUGCGAAGUUUUGUCAAACCUCAAUAGCUCGUUCAUUUAAGCACGCCAUUUAGGGCGCACACUGAAUAUGUUGGGGAAAGACGUUUUUCUUAACACUAGUUUAUCACAUCAAGCAUUUUUUGGCUUUCCUAAUUCUGCCAAUCCAUCAGUAGCUCAUUUAUUUUAAGCAUGCAUUUUACAACGUUUAAAGGUCUGCAUAAAGCAUUCCUGGAAUAAAGAACAUUAAUCGCAUUAUUAUCAUAGGGCGAAAGUCCUACUUUACAUUUCCCACUUGGCAUCGCCUAAUGGUAGUUUGCCACAAUAAUUAGCUAUUAUGUCAUUUUGCGUAGGUCUAACCGUUUCCAUAAUUAUACUUACCCUACUUGGCUGGCUACAUCAUCUAAGUCUUGUUUUUCGUAUUCUUUCAUUGUGCUGAGCAGUUUAGUCGUGGAACGCGCUGUCCUCUUUUGGAGUCCACGGUUGUCUGCGAACUCUGAAUUUGAUUUUCUACUCUACUGCUCUGUACCCUGGUUUGGGCGUCAUUACUGUAUAGUCGUUAUAUUUAUUUUCAUUUGGUUUUAUGGUGCUCAGUAUCAAUUAAAAUCGCUUUUCCGCUGUCUGACAAGGUCCGUCGUGGUCUACCAUUGGUUUACAUAAAUUAACGCAACACCACACAAGGAAAAUACGCUUUAUUUCUGGUUUGCCCCACCUUUAUAACCCCUCAUACACCAGCUCCGUAAGACAGGAGGGUCUAAUAGGGCGUCCUUACCGCCGCCCCGAACGACCUUAUGCAGUGCUCGAAUUAGAAAUUUUUAUUGCAGAUGCCGCAAGAGGUUGAAAAAAGUCUUAACUUCCUUCUUAAAGUCUGUGGAAGCGCAUCUCGUGUACAUCCAUUUCGUAUGAUUUCAUUCCCUCUGUAAAGAGACUGGAAGUCGAAAGCCGGGUCAGAUUUUUGCAGACAAGCAUUUUGCCAUGUGUGGUUCUCACAAAAGUUUAGCAUCAAAAACAUUUGAAAAAUGGAACUCUGGAGUGGAUACUCGGAGAAUGAAUAACGUCGGUCUUAUUGUGUGCGGUAGUGUCAUUUGUUGACAUACUAAUAGCAUGUAUAUUCCAAUGGAGUGCUGAAGGUCCAGGUUUUCGUCUACAAGUGAGCUUCCGUCAGACAACUAAUAAGAUGCUUGAGUAAUCGUCAUCAAUAAUCAGUACGCCUUUAAACGCCCAUUAUAAUGACUCUGGACAAAGUCUGCAAGACCUUACAACAUUACGCUUCUGCAGUCUUUUGAUUUACACUCGCUCCUAAAAACGGAUACGCGUCCCCAAGGAAAUUUAAGUCGAAAUUGAUAUGUCAGAAAAGCCCUUAACGAGAUACGCCAGAGUGCGUAUUGGACGCAUAUGCACAUUAUGGCUGACCGUUAUUAACUUUGAACAUGGAAAUAGAUUAAGUUCAGAAAUGUAUCUUGGCGACUUUAAGACCUAUAUAACAUUCAACGUGUUUGCGAAGAAGGCGUCGAUCAACAGAAUUGUAAAGGCCAUGGAGAGUAUUUGAAAAGACGUAUUGAAUAACAUAUUUUAAUAAUGUAGUCCUAAUCGACAAAAAUGAAACUAAGCAGUAAUAUUUCAAAUUGAAUUCCAAAACGCAGCAGUUGAGGUUAGAUACUAUCGAUAGCUGAUAAACGAAGACCAACAGCUAUGUGCUGCAGACAGUCGGGAAGUGACGUUGAAGUGAAUGUCUGACUAGAUUUCCAGCGUUUUGGAUGGUCUGCCAUUUCCAAUCAGAACGUGCCUCACUUUUAUUGCCAUUAUGGUAUAUGAAACUCGAAUUUAGGUCUUGAAAGCGUAGGUACGUAGAAUGAAGCUGAUUGUGAAGAAGACCCGUUUGAGAGACGUAUUUACUUGUGCCCACGGCCGUCAGGUUUUGCACAGUACAUUCCAAUGCAUCCAGAAUUCUUGGUGACCUUCUAUGCCGCAUUAACUGCCGAUAGUUGUAUAGUGCAAAAACUUUAGACAGUAAUUUCCUCGGCAAAGAAACCAGCGCAGCACCAUUUUGAAAUUACUAAUUGCACAUCAAGUUUUUACACAGCUACCAUACUGCAUAUCAUAUUAAUUACUGUUGUAUCUUCACCUCGGAAAGUAUCCAACUGUUUUUCUAAAUGUUGCUCUGCUGAUGUCGUUUUGGCCCCUUAUUUGCUCACGUCGGCGGGCUUCACGUGCAUCUAUGAAUUAAGGCCACCUACUUGGCAUGAAUAUUCAGGUUUUCGCCACGCAUUUUUCACUUAGAAUAAAUUUUAUUUUUCACUUGUGCAACGCCACUCUCCAUAUGUAUUUUCGGCUUAAACUAAGAUCAGUGUCGUUCAUUUCUUGCCCUAAAUUUUGGUCGAUGCGCUAGGACAGGAUUCUGAUUGUGCUAACAUAUGUGUAUAGACACCGAACCAGUGGGACUUCCCAGAGAGCGAUCAGUCCGCAAUUAGUCCGCAUAGGUUUUUUUUGACCGCAAUUAGUCCGCGUAUGUUUUUUUUGACCUUUUAAAUGUCCUUUAUUACUUUCCGCUAAAGGAUGAAAGAGAAAGGGUGAGUCGUGAAACUGAACUAGCGCUAUCAAGAGAUGGGUUGCUGUGUAGAUGAUGAGUUCUGCUUGUAUGCUGAUAGUGCGUACAGCGCUAGUGUUCAGCCUUGGCAUGACUGGUGACUCCGCCUAUCUAUUAUUCUCUAACCCUGGGCCAGUUUAUGUCAUAAAAGACUCUCUGAGGUUAAAUUCACUGUUGGCACUAAUGGGAUUAUGUUGUAACUUAAACCGCUUAAGUUGCGGGACCCCUGUGUGGCUGGGACGUUUUCUAAUAACGUUCACAUGAUUAGGAUACACUCAUCUAAAAAUGUUUUCCGUAAUUAGUCGGCGAACAUAGUACUCUGUUAUUAGUUAAGAAUUUAAUUCCGUGUCGACAUUGAGGCCGAUCAUUAUAACCGGACGCUAACUUAUCGAUAAUAUGUGCACACAAGCGGACGGUCGCCUUGUUAUAUGUUUCUACACUUAAAUCACAGGAAAUGUGCUCCAUUAAGCAUUUACUCCCACAUAAUGCAACGUGCAGUUUAUUUUUUAAAAGUGGCUAUCCGUUUUCUUCAGUUGUUUGCAUAGCUUCAGAUAUUGGGAAAUAUAACACUGUCAUGCCGGUCGAAAUAUCUGCCCUGGCAUCCGUCGAUUUAAGGAUUGCUUGUGUCUUGCAUACAGUGAUUCGAGAAGGUAGCCAGAAACAAACAAAAAUUAUUUUUUGUAGGCAUGUUUGUUUGUAGCGCUGCCCUGCCCCCUUAGAUAGGUUUACUAGUGAUUAUUUUAUUAAGGCCCUCCCCAACGCCCUUAACGGUGGUGAAAUCCCGAAUAUCAGCGAACAUAAAAUUAUGUUUCCUCUACAUCCUUCUUUGUUUUUCGACCUUAGGGAAGUCAUUGACGUUGAAGCUGUUACCCAUGGCAACACAGUGAAUCUGCAUUAUUAUCUGGUAGUACUGAAGCAAAUUUGUGUGACAGUGAGGAAACCCAAUCGGAAUUAUGGCGAUCAGAGUACAGCCUGCUUCAUCAUGACAACGCGUCUGCCCAUACAGUGUACGAAGCAAUCAAUUUUUUAGCGAAACAGGCGUGUACCACUUAAGGAAGUGUAUUUUCAAGGGACAUGAGGCCUUAACAUGCUGUCUUAAAAAAACCAUUAAACGAAUAAUUCUUGAUAUUUUGUGCAUGUCCUCGUAUGUCUGGUGAGGCAUAAGAGGUUUUGAACCGGUGCGUAAACAAUAUGUGCAGCCAGAACAGCAGUGCACCUGUCAGUUUCUCUGCUCCCUCAGCCUCAUUCCUCACGCAAUUCGCAAUUUAUGUUGUUACCGUCGAAUAGACCGUCAACAUCCACUCUUUUCUCAAUUGAAAACAUUCGUUGUCCAAUUAAAAUUGCUUAUUGAUGGUCAAAUUUCUUCACACUCAGAGCAACGUCGACUGGCCAGUGAAAAACGACCUACUUUACUAACAAACGAAUCCACGCGCAGCAUGCACGCUUGAUUGCAUCAGAUAUAAGUGAGCAGUGCGCGUCUAGUCUUCCAUUCAAGAGGGUUACAGCCGAUACCCUCGUCAGCCAAAUCUCCCAGAUAAGACCGUCUAAUGUUUCGCGUUUUGACUAUCAGUGUAUUUUUGCGGUCUAUAACCGAAGCCUGUUUCUCCUUUCGAGGUAUUUAUCCUUUUUGACAUAAGAUGCACAUACUAGCGCUAGCUACAUUACUUCACUUUGUUUUUAUAAACUCCUUUAUGCAUAUCAGACAAACAUUUUAAACAGAGCGUUAACGUAUGACAACUGGUAACAAGCAAAACACAAUUUUCCUCGGAAUUCGAGUUAAACAUAAUCGGUACCACCAAGGUACGACACGGAGGAAGUAAUGCUCAGGAGCAUUGACUACAGUUGACGAGAUUACUUCAUGAUAAUCUGAUUAAUUUUAUCAGUAACAAAUACGCAAACCUAAAGUAAACUCAUUGACACCAAACUUCUCAGUCUUAGUUUGAAUAACAUGGACAUAAUGACUCACGUUCUUUUGGUUUACUAGAAUUACAUUGCACGCAAUACAUAAGCGUGUACAUUGAUAAUUGGAGUCGCAAUGCGCAAGACUGGAUUCAUAUACUACAGACAUUCCAGAACAGAUACUCAGGGCAGAAUAUGAUUAUUCCUACGAUUUUAAUUGUAUUUACUUAGGACAACUGUAUACUGAAAUAUCUUACCUGUUUUAUUUACGUGCAUGAUAAUGAGUUUGUGACGUAAAGUGGAUAUAUAAACCAACAAGUACGGGUGAAAUCAGGUUUGAUAACGACCACAGAUAAACAACUUGUGUCGCGUGUUCUUUGGACUUUUUACUGCUUUUUAAUGCAUAUAGCACUAUCUGCUAUUUUCUUUGGAUUGAAAUCUCUGCAGAAAAUGUGAGGCCGCCAGAAAAAUGUCCGAGGGUCAACUCUCUGGCUUCAUUGCCGCAGUUUAUAGAGCAACAUCUGCUUAA